UUGCCCAAGUAACGCAAUUCAUGAGUGACAGUUUGAAUAUUUAAAUUUAAGUUAUAAAACUUUACUUCUAUAAGAAAAUCAUCGAAAUUCAUGUUUGAAUUUAAUCAAGCCUCCAACCAUAACUCCCAUAGAUCAAUCAAAGGAACCAUUCAAAAUGGAUUUUCUGACAAACACAAUCUUGCCAUUUCAUUCGCCACCAUCACUUUCCAGUUCAUCCGCAAGCCCGCCGAUAAUGCCUAGCACCAGUUUCGAUUCAUUUGAAUCCUUGAUAUUCAGCCACACUUUGGUGGAACAAUGCAGUAUCCACCAUAGGGAUCUCAGAACAUAUUGCAAUGACUGCGCCGUCAACAUUUGUAGCCAAUGUGCCGCAACUGAACAUUCAUCCCAUUUCUACGAAGCGAUUGAGUUAUCUAUGCUAUUGGCGAAAAAUAAAAGUCUCCAACUCGUUACUGAAGUUCGGAAAGCUUCGGAAUCAGUGAGAAAACGGAUAGAAAAAGUCCAACGCAUGGGUGAUGAUGUUGAUUCCAAAUCGAUCCAGGCAGCUGCUGAUGUUCGCAAUGUUAUAAAAAGAUGUAAACGAGCUUUCACAGAAAGAGAGAACAAUCUCCUAGCAAUUAUUGAUCAGACCAGAUAUGUAGGAAACUUUUUCCUGAGAGAACAGAUGGAUCAUCUACAAGUGAUGCUGAAACAGCUCAACGAAAUUUCUAGACUUGUGUCCGGCCCUGCCCAAGGUUUGAACGCCGUUGAGUUGUUAUCGCUCACCGAACGAACUAGGACAGAGUUACGAGAAAUCUUGGCUGGAACUCCUGAUCUGCCACCCUUUGAAGGCGAUUUUAUAAAGUUCUAUGCACCCGAUACUAGUAUCCUGAAUACGAUAGCCGGCCUAGGUUACUUGCUUGUAGAAAAUCCUCUUGGUCAUAGAGUGAUGAGACCGAUAGUCAGAACAAAUCAGCCGUCAAUAAGCGGUGCCAGCGGUUCCAGUAUCGUGAGGAGGGAGGGCCCAAUAAAUCGUGCUAUUUAUGGAGCUCGGCAUAUAGUGUUAUCUUUGAACUCUGGAUCAAUUCCAACAAAAAUGUUUGGAGGAGAAGGUGAAGCUAAUGGUCAGCUGUGCCGCCCUUGGGGAGUCUGCUGCGAUCGUGAUGGCAAUAUAGUAGUAGCUGAUCGCAGCAACAAUCGAAUACAAGUAUUCGAUCCAAGAGGAUCCUUCAAAUUUAGUUUCGGAAUAGCAGGUACGGGACCCGGUGAAUUCAACAGACCAGCUGGGAUAACCAUUAACCCCGAAGGCCACAUAGUGGUGGCAGAUAAAGAUAAUCACCGCAUACAAGUUUUCAAGCCAGAUGGAAGUUUCCUACUAACAUUUGGAAAUAAUGGGAUCGGAAAUGGCGAAUUCAACUACCCUUGGGACGUAGCCUGCAACGCAAUCGGUCACAUCAUCGUCUCAGACACCAGAAAUCACAGAAUUCAACUGUUUUCUUCCAAUGGAACCUUUUUGGGUAAAUUCGGCUAUGAGGGAUUUGGCCAUCAUAUGAGCCAACAGUUCGAUAGUCCCAGGGGAGUGUGCUUCUCACCAAACGGCGAUAUUUUAGUCACAGACUUCAAUAACCAUCGAGUGGCAGUAAUAGACCCAAAUUUGACACAAGCCACAUUCUUUGGUAGAGAAGGGUCUGGUGAUAACGAAUUUCGCCGGCCGCAAGGUAUUAUUUGCGAUGACGAGGGUACCAUAAUAAUCGCCGAUUCUAAGAAUCAUAGAAUCAAAGUGUUACGAAAUGAUGGCACUUUAUUAUGGAAAUUUGGAAGAGAAGGCCAAGGAAACGGGGAACUCAACGUACCGUCUGGCAUUUGCCUAAAUCCAAACGGACACAUCGUUGUGGUAGACUUUGCCAACAAUCGAAUACAAGUUUUCUGAACUAAAUUCUACCAUUCGUAAUGCUAAAAAACAUUGAAAACAAAAAAAAUUCUAAUCCUCAGUUUGUUUUGUAACUGUGGAUAUACAUAAGCUUCAGAAAAAAUUUUAAAAGUAGAAAAUAUUCGAGAGGGUUUUUUAUGAAGUCUACUUUAGGAAAGCGAAUGCUUAUCAUACAGUUUUGUUUUUUGUAGUUUUUAGUCAUUAGGUAGAUUUAACCAGACUCUUAUGCUUUAUUUAAGUAUCGUUUUUGAAGUAUCAUCCUUCGUAUAUACAAAAUUUUCAACACAAAUUUAGCUACAAGAAAGUGGUACCUUUAAUUGAACGCUGUUUAAAUUACAUCAAAUUGUACACAAUGGUCGUAAAUAUUAAAUUAAUGAAAUAGCAAGUUUUAUAGGACAGUGUGAAAGACAUUUUAAGAGAAAACACACUCUUAUAUUCAUUUCAUAUUGAUGAAUUUUCAUUUAUUAACUAAGAGUUACCUUGAUGCAAUAAUGUUGAGACUGAUUCAUAUUCUAUAAGACUGAUAAUUAGUCCAAGAAACAAAAAGUUUUCUUCUAGAGUUCAAUCAUUAGAUUGGUAGAUUACUGUAAAGUCUCUUGUUAAUUUUCAUUUCAGAUAGUCCAGUAAUUUAUAUUUCUUAUAUACUGUUUUAGGCAUUUAAUGUCAAAAUUUAUUCAAAAAGUCUAAGUGAGAUUUACAAUUUUUCUAUUAUCUUUAAAUAAUAUUAUUGUUAAAUUAUAUGAGUUUUUUGAAUAACAUAUGUGUUAUUCAGUACUCAAGGUAAAUUCGAAGAAUUUAUUCUACAUCGAAAUGGUCAUCGCAAUAUAAGUAUGCGUUUUUCGGUGAUUUGAUUUGUGAUUCUUUUUCAAGCAUGAUAUGUGAUUUGAUUUUAAUAUGAUACUUUUUCAAAAAGCCAAGUAGUUUUAAUUAAUCCAGUAUUACUGGUUCCUAUUUUUUGAAUAUCUUAUAAUCUUAUACUCUUUAUAUAAUAAAUUUUAGUGAAAAAAUGUG